AUGUCUAUGCUUAAUUACCAAAAGCAGGAAAAGCUUGGAGAAGGCACCUAUGGUGUCGUCUUUAAAGCUAUUGAUAAGCGCACAAACCAAGUUGUUGCACUUAAAAGGAUUCGUCUCGAUCAGGAAGAAGAAGGUAUCCCACCAACCUCAAUCCGUGAGAUUUCUAUAUUAAAAGAGCUUCACCAUCCAAACGUUGUCGGUCUUAAUGAAGUUAUUAACUCACAGGGCAAGCUUACUCUUGUUUUUGAAUAUCUCGAAUACGAUCUUAAGAAAUUCCUUGAUUCUCAGAGAGUUCCUCUCAAGCCAGAUCUUAUCAAGUCAUAUACUUAUCAAAUUCUCGCUGGUUUGUGCUACUGCCACUGCCAUCGUAUUAUUCACCGUGAUAUGAAACCCCAAAAUCUUUUAAUUAACAAGCUUGGUCUCAUCAAAUUGGCAGACUUUGGCUUAGCUCGCGCUUUCACAAUACCACUCCGCAAUUAUACACAUGAAGUCAUUACACUUUGGUACAGACCACCAGAAAUCUUGCUCGGAUCUAAAUUCUAUUCUCUUCCAGUUGAUAUUUGGAGUACUGGAGCUAUUGUUGCUGAAAUGAUCUCAAGAAAGCCACUUUUCCCAGGCGAUUCAGAAAUUGAUGAACUCUUCUCAAUAUUUAAGAUUCUUGGCACACCAACAGAGGAAACAUGGCCAGGCGUCACAGAAUUACCAUCAUACUCUUCUACAUUCCCUAAGUUCAGGAAGCGCAAUCUUGCCGAUAUUCUUCCAGGAGCUGACCCACUUGCUAUCGAUCUCAUAGAGAAAAUGCUUAUAUAUGAUCCUGCUAAGAGAAUUAGCGCUAAGGAUGCUCUCGACCACCCAUACUUCGCUGAUCUUAAUCCAGAGAUUAAGGCAAAGUGCAGACCUGUUGAAAUUGAACCAGUUACUGAAUAA